UUAUUUUUUUUCCCCACCUGUAUUCUCAAAAACCCCUCCUCGUGCACUAGCGCGUGGGUACUUUGAACGUUUAUGAUUGGUCAGUUUCUGAAUGCGGGUGGGAGAAAAAGCUCCACGGGUCUGAGUGGAAGCCGGCUGUCGUGUCCUGCAGAAUAAACUAAGGGAUGUGGACAAAGCUGGACGACAGCCAUUUGACAUGCUGUUGAGUCUGUUUUUAAGACGCUGUGGUAGAAGAGAAGACUGAAUAAUAAUGAACAGAACAUGGUCUGGAGACUUACAUCCUGACCUGCAUUAGAUCACUUAGAUCUUUCUCCCGUAUUUAGAGAAAGAUUUUUGAGCCAACGUACAAGAAUGGGUCUGUUCACGUCUCCUGUACAUAACUUGCUAUACACGUUGCUGGGCGUCUCCUUCACCGUGUGGUUCACUUUGCUGCUGGUGUUCAUCAUCGUGCCGGCUAUAUUUGACGUGUCCUUUGGCAUCCGGCGGCUCUACAUGAACACCCUGCUCAAGGUGUUUGAGUGGGCCACAAUGCGGAUCCAGAGAGGAGCCAAGGAGAAAAAUCAACUUUUGUAUAAACCCUACACGAACGGCUUAAUAGCCAAAGAGCCCACUUCUCUGGAGGAGGAGCUGAAAGAAAUCCGUCGUGUCGGCAGCUGCCGGGACCUGGUUGGCUCCUCCUCCUCUCCUGAAGGCUCCUCCCCUUCCUCCUCAGAGUUUGCUGUGUCAGAUAUCUUCUAUUUCUGCCGGCGUGGCAUUGAGAGCAUUGUAGAUGAUGAAGUGACCAAGCGCUUCACAGCCGAGGAGCUUGAGUCCUGGAACCUGCUGACGCGCAGCAACAACAACUUCAGACACAUCAGCAUACGUCUCACAGUGCUCUGGGGGCUCGGGCUGAUCAUCCGCUACUGCAUCCUGCUGCCUCUCAGGUUGACGCUCGCCAUCACAGGCGUGACUCUGUUGGUCGUCCUUACCACUUUAGUCGGAUAUCUGCCUAACGGGAGGAUGAAGAAUUUUCUUAGUGAGAAAGUGCAUUUGAUGUGUUACCGAAUUUGUGUGAGAGGGCUUACUGCUAUCAUCACUUACCAUCACAGUGAGAAUAAGCCAAAGAAUGGUGGAAUCUGUGUUGCCAACCACACGUCACCCAUUGACGUCCUCAUGCUAGCCAGUGAUGGCUAUUAUGCAAUGGUAGGACAGAUCCAUGGAGGUCUGAUGGGAAUCAUUCAGAGGUCCAUGGUGAAGGCUUGUCCACACAUCUGGUUUGAACGCUCUGAAGUCAAAGAUCGGCAUCUUGUGGUCAAAAGGUUGAGCGAUCAUGUCAAGGACAAAAGCAAACUUCCAAUCCUCAUCUUUCCUGAAGGCACCUGCAUCAACAACACGUCCGUGAUGAUGUUUAAGAAGGGAAGCUUUGAAAUCGCUUCAACAAUCUACCCAGUGGCCAUCAAGUAUGACCCUCGCUUCGGGGACGCUUUCUGGAACAGCAGCAAGUUCGGCAUGGUGAAUUAUCUCCUCCAUAUGAUGAGCAGCUGGGCCAUCGUCUGCAGCGUGUGGUACCUACCACCCAUGAGGCGACAGGAAAAUGAGGACGCUGUGCAGUUCGCUAACCGAGUUAAAGCAGCUAUCGCCAGACAGGGUGGCCUGGUGGACCUGCUGUGGGACGGUGGCUUAAAGCGUGAAAAAGUAAAAAACACCUUUAAAGAAGAGCAACAGAAACUGUACAGCAAGAUUUUGGUGGGAACUCAUGAAGACCGAAGUCGCUCCUGAGGAAUAAAAAGAAUAAGUGGAAUGAAAUAUGACUGUGGUGACUGGACAGGAAAGAAACGGAGUCUUUAAGAAAAAAAAAGAAGCAUCAGGAUUGUGUUGUGAGCCAUGUCUUGUUGAUGACAGAAGGGAUUUGAUUUUCAGCAGUCACUUCCUUCACUUAUUACAUUUGAGUCAAUAAAUGCAACAAUUUAAUAACGUAGCCACUUGGUAAGGUCUCUAAGCACGCAUUCUCUAUGGCAAACUGGUUGCUAUAAACAUUCUCUGACUCAGGUGGUUUUUUUUUGGAGAUUUGUGAAUCUAUUUUCUUAGCACAUUCACAUAUAAUGUCAUGUCAAAAACAAGACCUGACACCCUGAUGAUGGCAUUAUGUCCUUGCAAAUGUGGGUACUUCAGCUAAUGGGUCCAAUAAUGGGACUAAUAAUUCUAUUAGAUUCACGAUAGACACUAUGAAAUGUUGCCAAACUACUUCAGUCCAGUUGAAUCUGUUUUUUUUUUUUUAAAUGUGCCCCAGGUCUAAAAUGCACUUAUUUAUAUGUAGUAAAGUAUCAACCACAUGACCUUCAGCUUCGAUGAAGAGGGCAGGAUGAGAACCUCUGUGAAGCAGCAUGUGGAGAGGUCUAGUGAUCAUCUGAGACUGGCUGAUUUUGAGAAUAUUUGUAUACAUUGUGUACAAUGACAUUAUGAAUGAAAGUGUAGGACAAGCAAGUUGUCUAUCUACUGGACAGGAGUCAAUGUACAGACUCCGGCUUUGUGUAUGUUACCUGCGAGCAUAUUUUUGGGUCAACUGCACUAUUUGCAUGAGUGCUGCUGGGAGGCUUCUGCUAGGCUGAAUCCUUCUCUCAAGUAAACUCUUAAAUCUCUACCACCCAUUCCUCUAUCUGACAUGUCUAUGGAUGAAAUCGCUCAAUAAAAAAUGUACAAAGAUUA